CUCAACAUCCCAAUACAAAAAAAUCCAUGCCCAAGUAAUUAUUUCCGGGUUUGAAAGCAAUAAUUUCCUUAACAACAUCCUCAUUCAAUCCUAUUCGAUUGCGGGUUGUUUGGACUAUGCACGUAAGGUGUUCGAUAAAAUGCCUAAAAGGGAUAUGAUUUCUUGGUCUUCAAUUAUUACUAUGUAUACCCAACAUGGGUUUUAUGAAGAAGCCUUGUUGGUUUUUGGUGAGUUGAGAAGUAGUUAUAAGCUAUGUUGCUCGGACUCUCCAAAAAUACUGGCGCAGCACCCGUGUCGGAUCCUCCAAGAAUGCGCUAAUUUUGGAGAAACCGACACCCACCCGUCGACAUUUUUAAAGAGUCCGAGCAACAUAGAUUAUAAGGAGGAGGAGGGCACUAAUUUUGGAGGAUUCGACACGCACCCAUCAGCAUUUUUGAAGAUUCCGAGCAACAUAGGUUAUAAGGAGGAUGAGGGCACUAAUUUUGGAGGAUCUGACACGCACCCGUCGACGUUUUUAAAGAGUCCGAGCAACAUAGGUCAUAAGGAGGGGGAGGAGGCCACUAAUUUUGGAGGAUCCGACACGCAUCCGUCGACAUUUUUAAAGAGUCUGAGCAACAUAGGUUAUAAGGAGGAGGAGGGCCCGAAUGAGUUUGUUUUGGCUAGUGUUGUUAGUUGUUGUGGAAGGUUAGGUAGUAUUGUGAAAGGUGCUCAGUUGCAUUGUUUUGUGGUUAAAGCUGGUUUUGAUCAAUUCGUGUAUGUGGGAACGUCGUUAAUCGAGUUUUACUCGAAGGGCGGAGAUGUAGGUGCAGCAAGAUUGAUUUUUGAUGAUUUGUUGGUGAAGAGUACGGCUACUUGGACCGCGAUUAUUGCAGCGUGUGUGAAUGCGGGGAAGAGUGAAAUUUCGUUGAAGUUAUUGAGAAAUAUGUUGGAGACUGAUGUUGUUCCUGAUAACUAUGUGGUUUCGAGUAUUUUGGGUGCAUGUUCGUCGAUCGAGUAUCUUGAAGGAGGAAAGGAAAUUCACGGUUAUGUGAUUAGACGGGGCGCGGAAAUGGAUGUUACUGUGAGUAAUGUUCUUAUUGAUUUCUAUAUGAAGUGUGGUGGUAAGGUUAAGACUGCAAGGACGGUCUUUGAUCAAAUUGUAGUUAAAAACACUAUUUCUUGGACAACGAUGAUCUCUGGGUACGUGCAGAAUUCUUUUGAUUGGGAAGCCAUAAGCAUGUUUAGAGACAUGAACAGUUUGGGCUGGAAGCUAGAUGGAUUUGCUUGCAGUAGUGUACUUAUUUCUUGUGGCACGCUUGAAGCUUUAGAUCUGGGAAGACAAGUGUAUGCUUAUACCAUGAAAGCUAAUGUUGAUUCUGAUGGCUUUGUGAAGAAUAGCUUGAUCGAUAUGUACGCGAAAUGUGAUUCAUUUGGUGAUGCAAGGAACGUUUUUGACCUUAUGGUUAAUCGUGAUGUAAUCUCUUACAAUGCUAUUAUUGAGGGUUGUUUAACGCAGGAUAGGCUUUAUGAAGCUUUUGAUCUAUUUGCUGAAAUGAGAGAUAAUCUGAUUCGUCCAAGCCUUUUGACUUUUGUUAGCCUGCUUGGUGCGUCGGCUUCACUGUUUUCCUUGGAGUUAAGUAAGCAACUUCACGGACUUACGAUAAAAUUUGGUUUUUCUGCUUACAUGUUUGUUUGUAGCAUCCUAAUAGAUGUUUACUCGAAAUGUUCAUCUAUUAAAGAUGCAAGGCAAGUAUUCAUUGAAAUAAAUGAUAAGGAUAUUGUUGUAUGGAAUUCUAUGUUGUUUGGAUAUAUACAGGAGUGUGAAAAUGAAGAGGCUCUAAAGCUCUUCCUAGAAUUGCAACAUUGUUUGCAAAGGCCAAAUUAUUUGACUUUUGUUGCUGUAAUUGCUGCAUCUAGUAACCUAGUAAGUCUCCUGCAUGGUCUCCAGUUUCAUAAUCAGAUUGUAAAACUCGGCCUAGAUUUCGAUCCGCGUGUUACAAAUGCACUUGUUGAUAUGUACUCCAAGUGUGGAAGCUUGAAAGAAGCACGGAGGACGUUUAGUUCCGCUCUACAGAGAGAUAUCGCAUGUUGGAAUUCGAUGAUAUCCACUUAUGCACAGCAUGGAGAAGCAAAGAAAGCUCUUAAUUUAUUUGAGAAAAUGAUAAAUGAUGGACUUAAACCCAAUAAUGUCACUUUUGUUGGAGUGCUUUCAGCAUGUAGCCAUGUUGGGCUUGUCAAAGAAGGAUUUCAUCACUUCUAUUCCAUGUCCAGUUAUGGUAUUGAACCAGAAACAGAGCAUUAUGUUUGCAUGGUUUCUCUUUUAGGCCGAGCUGGGAAACUGAUCGAAGCAAUGCAAUUCAUUGAAAAAAUGCCAAUUCCACCAGCCGCCAUUGUGUGGAGGACUUUGCUUAGCGCGUGUAGAGAAACUGGUCAUAUAGACCUAGGUAGAUAUGCAGCAUCGAUGGCAAUAUCUGUUGAUCCAAAAGAUAGUGGAUCAUAUGUCCUACUUUCAAAUAUUUAUGCAUCUAAAGGCAUGUGGAUCAAUGUCAAAAAUUUAAGAGAUAAAAUGGAUAGCAAUGGUGUGGUGAAAGAAACAGGGUGUAGUUGGAUAGAAAUAAAUAAUGAGGUGCAUUUGUUUAUUGCAAGAGACCGAAAUCAUCACCAAGCUGAUUUGAUAUAUUCGUUUAUGGAACUUCUGAUUCGGCAUAUGAAAGGGAUCGGAUAUGUUCCCGACCAUACUACUUUCGCAAAUGAGUAACAUCUCUAUGUCGUAUUUGCCGUGGUGAGGAACAAAACUCAAACUAUGGUUGGGGAUUACCCACCUGUGCUUUGCUGAUGAUCUCCUUCUGUUUACAAGGGGAGAUAUAGGGUCUGUCCAACUGCUGAGAGAUAUGUUUGCUAUGUUUUCUGAGGCUUC